CAUGGGUUUCUGUCCCAUCGAUAAGAGUAUGGCAUUUUUCGUCUCAUUUACAUCGAAACAAUCUGGGUUGAAAUGAGCAGAGCAAACUCUGCUUUUCUCACUGGGAGUGAAAUCCCGCCUCGUAUUUUUCACAAAGUUACACCACAAUCGGGACAUCUUGGGGUCUUUUGGCCAUCUAAACAACGAAAUCCCCUCUCGGGGCACGUUGCUACAGCUCCCCACCACACACCUAUUCGGCAUUUAGUACUACUAAGGCUCGUUUUGUCUUCAGUUUUGAAAAAAGUUUUUUGUUCAAUGGCGAACUCAAGCAAUUCCAAAACGAGGCUGAACCCCCCUCCCUCUGAUGAUGUAUUUGGAUUUCAGAGGUCAACAGGUACAAUAAAUGAAGCAAAUAUCGGCAAUUUUCUAUUAUGCUUUACUUAAUAACAGAA